UACGAUUCGGAUAGGCACGACUCCGUGUCAGGCAAAAUGGUCUUGUUGUGGGAUAGGACGGUGAAGGUCCACCAGUGAUCGUUUUGGAGGUUGCCUAUGCACCCCAACAUAAAUCGAAGGACUAAAAAGAUCUGCCAUUGUUGGAAUCUUGAGGGAAAAGUAAAGUGAAUUUGGGUUCUUUUAUUUCCCAUCCUUUCGUGCGGAAUGUUUGCUGAGAAGGUAGAAACUCGGAUCUUCUUUGAUUUGUGGCCCCUGAAAUAAGAUAGUUUUCGGAAACUGGUGAGCUUUCUCGGUAUUUGUUCCAGUUCUUCAGUUUGAAGGGCCAUUGAGAAUUGGCUCAUAAAUUUCGAAAACUUAGGGUUUCGUUUCUGGGACACUUUCUCAGAAUUUGCAGGAUUAUACAGCCCUUUGAGCUUGUUCAGACGGAUCCAUGGAGAUGUCCUCUUCGGAUAAAGUGGGUACAAAAGACCUCAUAAGGCGGUGUGAGUUUGUGAGAGUCAUCAUACAGUCUCUUUACUCUUUGGGCUAUUGGAAGAGCGCUUCACUUCUUGAGGAGGAGUCCAGAAUCAUGCUUCAGUCACCGGAAAUUUCACUAUUUCAGUCUCAAAUUCUUGAAGGGAAAUGGGAUGAGAGCAUUGCUACUCUUGACUGCAUUAGGGAAUUGUCUCCAGAAGCACGGAAUUCUGCAGUUUUCUUAAUCUUGCAACAGAAGUUUUGGGAAUAUUUGGAUAGGAAUGACACUUCAGAAGCAUUGGUGAUCCUCCGGGGGAGAAUGUCUCAGUUAGGUGUUGACAAGGGGAAGCUUCAUAUGCUCGCCUGUUGCCUUAUUUCAAGAUCAAAACGUGAAGAAAUUGGACGCAAGCUGAAAGGAGGUGAUGACUCACGAAGGAAGCUUCUGAAUGAGCUGAGGUUGAUUAUUCCCCCUUCAAUCAUGAUCCCAGAAGGACGACUGGAACAUUUAGUCGAGCUUGCACUCUUGCUGCAACAUGAGCGUUGCAUUUAUCAUAAUUCACCCAAGGACUCCAUUUCAUUAUAUUCGGAUCACCAUUGUGGUCCAGAUCAGAUCCCUACACAAACGUUGCAGAUCCUGCAUCAGCAUGAGCAUGAAGUGUGGUAUGUACAGUUCUCAAAUAAGGGUGAUUAUCUGGCAUCAUCUUCAAGGGAUUAUAAUGCUGUCAUAUGGACAGUUGCUGAUGAUGGAGAUAUCUCACUGAAGCAUAUUUUGAGGGGCCACGAGAAGCCUGUUUCUUUUGUGGCUUGGAGUCCCGAUGACAAGCUACUUUUAACAUGUGGGAAUGGGGGGCUUGUCAAGGUGUGGGAUGUCCAAACUGGCAACUGCAAGGUGACGAUUGGGAAAGGAAGCUCUGGAUUUUCCUCCUGUGCCUGGUUCCCAGAUUCACAGCGGAUUGUGUGUGGACUCUGUGACAACGGCAUAUGCAUAUAUGAUCUUGAAGGAGUAGAGCGUGAUACAUGGCGAGGCGAGCGGAUGCCCAAGAUAUCCGACCUUUCUGUGACUCCAGAUGGCAUGAACUUAAUCAGCAUCUGUGAUGAGAAAGACAUCAGGAUUUAUGCAUUGGAGGCCAAGACAGAGCGUGUAAUAUCUGAAAAUCAGUCAAUCAUGUCGCUUUUUGUUUCUAAAGAUGGCCAAUAUCUUCUUGUUAACCUGAACAAUCAGGAGAUUCACAUGUGGGAUGUGUGUGGGACAUGGCGUGUUCCAUUGAAGUACAUGGGUCAUAAGCAGGGCCGCUACGUGAUAAGGUCAUGCUUUGGUGGCUUUGAUAAUGCUUUUGUUGCCAGUGGAAGUGAGGAUGCACAGGUCUACAUAUGGCAUCGGCAGUCUUGCAAGUUGGUUGCGCAAUUGUCUGGCCAUUCAAGCAUGGUGAAUUGUGUCAGUUGGAACCCAGCAAACCCAGAGUUGAUGGCAUCCGCUAGUGAUGAUUGUACGAUCCGGAUAUGGGGAGUCCAGCAAGCCCGACCAUCACUCAAGAACCAUCCAGCCCAUGCCUCAUAUGAUACAUGUGUAUAGUCUAAAUCAGUUUCUGAGUUUGGUGUGUGAGGAAUGCCUGUGCAUUCAUGGGUCCACCCAUGCCCAGCUCGCUUGUAAAUUUCCAGGCGUAGAUGUAAGUUUGUAAUAUUAGUUAUUCCAUUUUUUCCUUGAAUUCGUUUUUGUUCUUUGUGCUGGCGGAGGAUUUUGUUCUUUUUUCUCCUAAUUUGUGUUUUUUAUUGGUGGCCCUUGCAUGGAGAUGUUUCUUCUCAGCAAUUUUGCUUGUUACUUAUUAUCAUGUUGGAUAAAAGCUACUUGUGCAUAAAAUAAAAUGCCAGAAUUUGUUAGCUUUU